CCGGCGUAAUCAUUUGCUCCAGAAAGGUGACAGAGGGAAAGGCAUCGGCGAGAACUCAUUGCGCUCCAAUACUUCGGGUCAGUGAAGAAAUCGCGUCAUAGUUGAUCAAGCAUACCUUUUAAGAAAGAAGGCACCAUGGCUGUGGAAAUAUUGACGAGAAUUCGUAAUAAAACGAAUAAAUGCCUCCGCCUCCUCCUAAUUCUGCUGGGCUUCUUCGGGUUGCUCAUAUGGGCUACAGUAAUAAGUCUGCUUCUGCGUCCUAGUCUUCAAGUGUCCAACAAUAAACCCUCGGGUCCCUUUUCCUACGCGCAGCCGCUCAUCAACAUGGGAUACAUCUUGUGCACUUCCGUUAUCAUCUACAGCGUCAUGUCAAAGACCUUCCCGUCUUCCUACGACUUGGAGCGAGUGCGCCUGAACGUGGCCUGGUUGGUAGGCCUCGUGUUCGUGGGCUCGUCAGAGUGCGUGGCCACCUUGCUGUAUUCUUCUGUUAGCACUGACGAAGAGGAUCAUGAAGCCAUAAGGAAGGGCAUUACAUUGUCCUGUUCCUUUAGCUUUAUCUGGGCCAUAUUCAUAGCGGCCAGUGGGUGGGGUCUGCAUCAGAGGUUCUACACCGUUAUGUUGCUGAAGAUGUCCAAUUCCGGAAGAAACAAACCCGCCUCCAAGCAAGCAACGCCGUAUCCAACGAAAGACCAUCACUUGGCUCUGCACGACUCUUCUCACAUCCAGAUCACCCCUCUGGUCCACGGCCCGCCUCCCAUCAUCAUCAACUCCGAAGCCAGCGCUCCUCCUCAGGCCUACUCCCCCACAGACACAUACACUCCAGCUCGGAACCUUUUGCAAUCCCAGAUCCUACCUUAUCCCCAGACGCCGCAGACGCUCCAGUCAACCCCGCUGAGUCAUGGUUCCCAAAUGCCCUCUCCUUGCCGGCUGACUACGCCUCAGAGCAUGAACGAGGCGGGGGCUUUCUCCCCCAGCAUAAACCACAUGACCAAUCCUCUACCCUACGGCAUACACUCUCCCCGUUAAGCCUAUUUCACUCCUCCCUCCCAAUGGCCAAUCGAGUUUUGUUUUAAUUACGUGUUUUUAUCAAAGUUUUUGAAAUAUUA